AUGACUAUUGACAACUCUUAUGUCACGGACAUUACUAUCAGGUUCGGACCCCCGAUCUGCCCAGUCACCUCGCCGGGCCCCGAAGCCACCAGCCGACAACGAGGGCAUCGCAUAGAGAAGGAUUUAUAUCUCUACUCUGCUGAGAGUAGUGCAUGGCUAUAUAUCGCGACUAUAAACGACGCAGACCUUCGGAUCGAUGACUUAGUCGUGACUGAUGUGAAAGUUGGGGAGCAUAACACUCGUGAUGAGGACCUAGGUCUUGGAUGGGAGAGUCGACCUGCUGGAGUCUGGAUACGGAGAAACAAGUACAGGGAGAGCCAUCAAUCCGUGCUCGAUCUAGAUGUACUAUUUGGUCUUGACGCUGUCGACCCGAGGCCACAGUGGACUCUCAUGCAACAGCCUCUCCAGCUGAACGCUUCCCUCGACAUACCGAUCGCGAGAUUGACUAUCCGGCGUGGACGGGCUGCGCCUGAACCCAAAGAUCCGCACCCACCAACGCCAUUGAGAGCGAGAAAAAAUGGGAAAUUCAAAAUUGUUCAGAUCUCUGACACCCAUAUGGUUACUGGCGUCGGUGUCUGCAAAGAUGCCAUUGAUGCCGACGGCAACUUUCUCCCCCAAAGCGUCGCUGAUCCGCUCACCGUGGACUUCAUUGGAGGCAUAUUGGAUGUCGAGAGGCCAGAUCUAGUGAUAUUGACCGGAGAUCAGUUGCACCACGAUAUCCUCGAUAGUCAAUCCGCUAUUUUCAAGGUCACGGCUCCUAUCAUCGCACGCUCGAUCCCAUUCGCGACCGUGUUUGGUAAUCAUGAUGCAGAAGGCACACACGCUCUAUCUCGGGCCGCACAGAUGUCACUGCUUCAAAAUCUUCCUUUCAGUCUUUGCCAAGCUGGUCCUCAAGAGAUUGAAGGUGUUGGCAAUUACUACCUCCAAGUCUUUUCCCACAAUGCACCGUCGCCACUGAUAAGUCUAUUCUUCCUCGACACCCAUGGACAGAUCAAAAGCGAGGUCAAGGAUCCGGACUACGAACCGAUCCGGCAGGGUCAAAUCGAGUGGUUCAAGAACACUUCGCGGAAACUACGAAAAGCACGGGAUGAUGAUAUUAGUUUCAACAACAACGAUUACCAUGUAUCAUUAGCGUUCUUGCAUAUUCCAUUCCCCGAAUACGCAGACGAUAGCCUGAGGAUCUUCGGUGGCCACCGAAGGGAGCCUACCGAAGGCCCGAGCCUCAACUCGCAUUUCUACGAUGCUCUAGUCGAGGAAGACGUGGUGGCGGUAGGGUGCGGGCAUGAUCAUGUGAAUGACUUUUGCGGCCUAAUGCAGAGGAAGAACGAUGGAGACUUACAAGAGGGUCGCCAUAAGCCAUCUCGGCUGGGCCCCUGGCUGUGCUAUGGAGGUGGCGCCGGGUUUGGGGGAUACAGUUCAUACGGCGGAAAUAGAUACCAUCGCCGCAUGAGAAUCUGGGAUUUCGAUACGAACACUGGGACGAUAGCGACCUGGAAGCGCGUUGAGUAUGCUAGAGAGAGGGUAGAUGAGCUAGUACUUGUUGAAGGUGGCACUGUUGUUAACCCCAGUACACAGGAUUAA